AUGGAAAAAGCGCAUGAUGGAGACGAGUCGCAGGAGGUGGACGUUUUUCAGAUCGACGACUUCACUGUGAUUACUCCCUUAGAGGUCCUUAUUUCUCAACUGGAAAUGACAAUACAUGAUUGGGGUUUGGGUAAAGGUGCGAAACAUAAUAAUUUUGCAGUUCGAAAGGAUUUAAGCUGCUGUAUCGAAUGGGAUUCUAGAAGUGAGAAAAUUCCUUUGGAAGACGAUCAUGCGCUUAACUUAACUCAUUUUUGGCCGAAGAAUAUACCGCGAAUAAAAACGCAGGAACCUGAAGAAUCUAGUCAUAGAGAUCUUGAUAGUUCGUUCAGUUACCUUACGAGUGGAUUAAAAUUAAUGAUGCAUCAUGAACUAGACUUCAUGCCUUGCUCUGUCAUCACUUCUCAGUUCGGAAUUCUAGAAUUUUUGCUGAUUACUCCUUAUAUUUGGUCUAAUGAUAGGAUUAGUAAUGAGGAUCACUUGAACUUUGUCAUGUCAGCUGUAAAUGUUGCAGCUUCUAAUUUAGAAUGUGACAUUCCAAUUUUUGUACAAUAUGACACAUUCGAUCGUCAUCAUUAUUCGGGCAUUUCACAAAACGAUUCUGUACGAACUGAGUUUCUUACGAGUAGUAUCAGUCAACAAUUGACGCGACAUUCAAAUGUCGAUGGUCUUAAAGAAAUCUUUUUGGACCGGAUGAAGGUACCGUACCCUCGGGAAAUUGAUGCCACUGUAUCACUGAUGGUUGAUUACACUCUUCAGGAAGAGGAUUCCAAAUACAAACGUUCUACUGAUUUAGAGGAUGAGUACGAUGAGGAAUAUUCUCUUGAAAAUUUUAUGGUUGACAGCGCCUCACGCUUAUCUUUUGGAGCAACGUCUGACCUUCUAGACAAAAUUGUGCUUUCUUCUGUUUGGAUGAAUGAAGAUGUGCGUUUUUUCACGGAAGACGAAAAUACUAAAUGGUAUCUUUUUCAAGCUCCAGAUGUUUAUGUUCAUGUCAAAUUUUCUACUGGAAUAACCUGCGCUUUGCAUCAGAGCUUACGAAAUUUACUUAAUGCGUCUAGUUAUGCGAAAGGCAGUGAAAAGAUAUUGGAACUGUUGAAAGAUGCAGGCUACGAUGAAAUCAGCUUGGGACGCAGCGCUCUUUCUUCCUUAACUCUUCCUAGUACUGUUUCUAUAACAAAUCCCACUAAUGUAGAAGAAAGAACGAGGCUGGAUCAGAGCUACAUUUUCCGGUGGGUUGAUGCAAUUUUUGUUACAUCUGAUUCCACAGCUUUCGAGAAUAGCUUAUCAUCAAACAAAGAAUGGCUUCAAAAUUCCCCUGCAAAUGCUCCAGGUAGUGCUGUAAAACAGGGUGCAGAAUAUGUUAGCAAAACUGAGACUGCAGUUUCUAAAGAGUAUGACAGGACGUUUGGGAAAUGUAUGUCACUAUUGGAUAGUUCCAAAUCCGCCCCGUUCAACAGUCUAACUACACGUCUUGCAAUUGCACUGACUCAUGUGCUGGAACGGCACUCAUUAGGAACAGUGGCAUUUGCACAGUUAUGGUUUGCAGUUGUACGCGAACUACGUGAAAAAUGGGAAAAAAAUGAAUAUCUUUCAGGAAUAGAACCUUUUCUCACCCCUGACUAUGGAUCGUGUCGUUUGCAUCAAAAGCUACAAAUGUUGCAAUGCUGUAUCGAUAGUAGAGUUAAACAACAUCAGCGUUAUGAAAAGGAAUUGAACUCAGCAGAACAAAGUGGUGAAGAGUAUUUUGAUGCUGAAGAGUGGUUGUCUGAAGAUAAUGAAGAUGAGGAAAGUCUGAAGGACGACAGUAGCGAUAACUUUUUGUUACCGCAAGGACGAAGUAAACAAUUAAAUAUUUUUCUGAUUAACUAUCCAGAGAGGCCUAUUUAUGAGCCGUUGUUACAGGAACGUUGCCCUAUGACAGAGGAUAGUUUUGAAAAAUAUGCUAGUUACUUAGCUUCUUUCGAUUCUUCAGAAUCCCGAGUCAAAGCUCAGUUGGAAUAUCUACGCUCUGACAUGCAAGCAUUUAAGGCUGCAAAUCCAGGUAGUGUUUUUGAAGACUUCAUUCGAUGGCAUUCGCCUCGCGAUUUUAUAUCUGAUGAAGCUGGCGAAGACAGGCUCUCAAGUCGCAUGCAAGGCGAGAAUAAUGUGUGGCUUGAAACGUGGCGUGAUGCAUCUCCGCGUCCGGCUAAACGUCAAAAAAGACUUUUCAACGAAAGCAAAGAGGCAGAACUGCAGUACUUUGUUCCUUGGGGACUUAGGAAUUAUUUUAACCAGAAAAAUAUUCGGAGGCUGAGUUUUGAUUUUAGGAUGAAUGAGGACGCCCGCUUCUGGCGUAGCGUGGAAUGUAAUUUAAGUUUUAAUAAGAUUUUGCAAGAGUUAAUGUCGUUAACCGUUUCUGAAGUUGUCGGUCUACUAUUGCCAGUAGUCUUUAAAUGUGCCAGUAAACAAGUAGUUGAAGAAUGUUUGGAAAAAGGCUGCAUUAGUGGUGAUAAACUUGUGGAAUUUUGUCAGAAAAUUUCAAACUGCACGAAGACGAACGAUAUGGAACUUUAUUUAGAUGCUCUUCGUGAACUUUACGUUAUUGAACUAGAAAUCUCGCAGUUUAACGCGUUAUGGGACAGGUUUUCUAGUGUGGCUAGGGGUGAGAUUGAGAAUUUUGAAAGUGACAGACUUUUGCGUAACUUCACGCGAAAGCUGAUUGAAGCUAGUCAAUCCGCAGCAAAAGCUAGCUCGCUGAAAGGCGGUUCAGCAGGAAUUAAUUGCAUGGUGCAGGUGCAGUCCCACCAUCAGGUGAAUUUGCUUGGGAUCGUCAUACAAAAUGAUUUGGAGGCUAAAACGGCCAUAGACCGCCAUAGAAAAGAUGGAAAACUUUUACUACUUCCAUACAGCAGAAAACAGUAUAUAUUUCAUUGCCAAGCUUCUCUUCCUGGAAUGGGUUCCAGGAUAGCGCCACAGCGAAUGUACUUCUGUGUGAAUGAAAAAGGUCAUUUUCGAAUGGGUACAUCCGUCACUGAAGAUCUUGUUUUACAAUAA